CAGAACGGAUGCCACGCCGGUUUGGGGCGUCGGCAAAGGCAAGUCCAUGGCUCGUACUCAACAGUGAGUUGUGUAUUUCUUGCAUCAGCGGUGCAUCACGAGGCGGUCUGUCUUCGUAUGCCUGCAAUGUGCUGGUGAUUCACUACCUCCAAAAUACUGAACCACCAGUAAUACCAGUCCUCCAGCAGUUGGGUCAACAGGAGCCAAAACUCGUCGACGGGUGCAACGUCUAUUUUUUUAACAACAUUGAUGAAUUGGAAUCAGUCUGGAGUGGCAAAAGACAUAACCUCCAGCAAGUCGGGGAGCUGUGGGUUGGUCUCCUACGUUAUUAUGCAGACUUUGACAUAAAAAAGUAUGUUGUGAGUAUUAGAGCGAAGACACCUGUGACGAGACUGCAGAAGAGGUGGGAAUCGGAGUUCAUGGCUAUCGAAGAUCCUUUUGACAUAGAAAGGGAUCUUGGACAGCACGUGACGAAGAACAAGGGCGAGUUCAUCAUCAGCGCCCUGAAAAAAGGGAUGAUGCGUUGCGAGAAACCCAUUCCACAACCGGCUGGCCAGUAUGUGACGUUAGUUGCGUACUUCUUCGAUGCCAAGACCUUCGAAGAAGGGUCACCGCCACAAGGUCGCCACCGCUUCGGAUCAUGCCACAUUUGUGGAAUGAUGGGGCAUUACAUCAGGAAUUGCCCGCACAUGGACAACAUCUUCAUUGUCAAGAAGAAAAGUUCGGCAAACCCCAGUAUCAUCCGAGCCAGUGGAGGCUUCACGGUGAAGCACGCUACACAGCCGCCACGUCGGUCCAUAUCUUAGGAAGCUGGCCGGUGGUCAAAGACUCGGGAUGAAAUUGUUGUGCCCCUCAAGUAGCAGAGACGUGACAUCGAAACGAAGAGCCAGUUCUUCCUCUUGGGAUCAUCAGCUCCACAGGCUUCGAGAACUGACUCAUCUGUUCAGCUCUCCCCCUUCCCCAAUUCUAUUCACUUCCCUCUUGUUGUGCUUGUACUCCUCUGCGCAGUGGGCGAACAUGUAACAGUGAAUUUUACUUUGGGCAGUCAGUCAAGGAAGACACUAGCAAUGCCCGUCUUCUUUAUCGGUCACUCGUUUUGGGAAUUUCCGCAGUUUUACCUGGCAGCAUAAGCAGACAAACAAACAAUAGCUCUGGGCCUGCAUCCAUUCCCAUAAACGCUAUCAAGCACACCGACGAGGCAGACUGCUGAAGUGUAACACCAGCUAGUGCUCGAUCAUAGCAAGACUCGAGUCUCCCUGCAGUGAUCAACGUCGAAUAUAGCUCAGCGCUCUAUGUUCUCAUUGGGCUGGGGCCAAUGGCAUUUGUCAUCCUGUUCGUGGGAACCUGUAGCUUGCGGUAGAAGCAUGCUCUGAAGACUCGAAAGAUGGUGAUGCCUAUCCCUAGUGCCGCUGGCGCAAUAGAUGAACAAAUUUAUGCGUUAACCAUCUUGAUCCAAGAAAUGCACCUUAUUGCUGUAGGCAUGCACGUCUCAGCCAGCCGAGCAGUUGGGCUCAUCACUGACGGCAGCAGCUAUAUAUUGUUUUGUUAUCUCAGAUGACACACUGCCCCCUUUCAUGAACAACUUCACGCACUCGGCAUUCCAAGAAAGUUUGCCGCCUCUGGGCUCUUCAACAAGUGCUGAAUUGGCACCCCUCCUUGGUGGAAAAUAAGUCAAGGAUAGCCCAGCUCUUCUUUAGAAGGCAUUGCAUUUCAAAAACAUUCCCCACUAUUCUAUAACCUGCUAGUGUCAACUCAAGUAUCAAAGUACUUGAGCACCACAAUUUGGAGGAGCUUCUUUUGCAAUGUUUACCUGUGUAAAUUGUUAAGAAAGAGCAGUGAACAGUUGAGAGGCGGAGCUUUUUUCAACUUGCUUGCAUGGGGCACACUUUGAGUUGAGGCCACUCUUGUCCACAAGGCGUUGAGUUCUUGCUAGUGUGCAAGGGAUAGGCAGACUUGUUGCUAGAACUGUCACAGUGCUGUUGUUCAGCCUGCCGUAGUGCUACCACAAGUUUAUUAGGCGUCACUUUACACUUAUGCAGGAAGCUUAUUUGGACACAUGCUGCCAAAGCUACAUCAUUCGAAAGCUUAAUUUGCUCAGUUUACUGCUACACGUACAUUUCAUUGUGGCCUGACAAAGAAAGCUUCUCUUGGGUCUUGUUAUUGAGUGGCUACGUCAGUGGUCAGUUAGCAUUUACUUGGACUGGCUGGAGGGUUUGCAUGUGGGCAUUUUCCAUGUACCAUGAAAAUCCAGUGACCCUGAUGGCAAGACUUCGCAAUAGUUUUCUUACAUUUGCGGAGGUCAAGAUGCGUGGUGCCACUGCUAGUGCCUUCAGUGAUUGCUCAGAGCUUUUUCUCCCGAAAGCUUCUACACUUUUGCGAGGCUGUUGUCACAGCUCGGUGUCUUUAGUCUUUGCGUUUUGCUCCUAUAUCCCAUUUACUCGUGCAUCUUAUGUGCAGCUGGUACUAGCAUGCACCGGUAGGGAUGCGCUGACACUUAGAAGUUGCCAGUAGCACUAGUCUGUGCUAAAAGCGCUAAAUCGAGCCACUGGUCUUAACAGUUACUUACAGGCAGCAUGGGACAUGAAUUAAAAAGUGCUGUGCUUUGUGUUUAGCAUGGAGAGAGUGUCACAGUUCUGUGCUAGUGAAACAAUUAACAGUGCACUAGUACCGAUUUCACUGGCACUUAACAUUUGCUAUUUAGUUUGGUAAGGUACUGCUGCGGCACACUGUGUACCUUUAGUCAUGCCAAUGGCCCAUUGGUUUUAGCUGUGGUAUGAGCUGACACAGCACAUGUAAUUUGUCAUACCAGACUGACGUGUUGCACCGAAUCUGGUUCUACAGUACUGUUUGUAUAUAAAAAGCUGUUAUCUUGAUUAAUCAAAAUGUUGCAUGCAAGUCAAUCUCACUCACAUGGUCACUGCUGUAGACAUAGCAACAUCCUGCCUUACAAAGAAAGCUGUAUUUUAAACCUUGCAUUAGUCGUUUUAACAGUCUAAUCAUUAGAAUCAAGCCAUGCAUCUGAAAAAAGUGCUUGUUCUUGUAAAGACAAAACAUUAUGAAUAUAACCAGCACUAAAUUGUGAAACGCACAAUGGCAUUGUCAAAAGGCAGUUUGAUGCUCUCUUUUGGACAGGUUUUAUUGGUUUUUGUUUCCCCUUGAAGUCCACUUUAAGUGCAUAGAUGCAGCUCUGAUAGCUAAUAGAUUCCAAGGCAUCACAAAUGAGUUCAAAGAUUGAGCCUCUAUCAAUCUGCCUUAUUCAAAAGACAAAAUGUUGCUACUCUUGGGAUAGGGUGCACCUGUGGAGGAACCCAAUUGUGCAGUUUCAAAGGCCGCACCUGCGAGUUCUUUACAGUCAAGUCGUAUCUACAUAUCGCAACCUUUCGGUGCUGUAGCAUGUGAGGACGUGCUAAAUGACAAUCUCUUUCUUGUUUCUGACUUCUUCUUUCUGUUACUCGGAUCUCACACUUCAAAGUACCUUUAUCAGCGUAGCGAGGACAAAGUACAGGUUUCACGACAUUGGUCGCGACUGCAUGUUUCGUGCUGCCAUCAGAGCUUCUCACCGCUUUGCUUUUAAACAUUAGCACGCUUCACACUUUUCCAGUUCUUGGGCCUUUGCAUUUGAAGGUGGUGUUUUUCGCACUUUUUGGCUUGUUUUCUCGGUACAGGCUGUGGUUGCUGUGCUGGCGCAAUGUCGAAGCUUAGCGCUAUGCUUUGCCAAGACAACUUAUCUCAUUUUUCACCUCCCAUAAAUCUACUGACCAUAUGAGUUAUUAUUAUAAUCGAAGGAUGAAACAGUCACAGUGACUCAGCAUGCAGCUGUUGCGCAGUGGUUCCGUUCUGGCAAAAACUGUGUUGAAACAAAUGAAAACACUUAAAUGAUGCACAGGUUUGAAGACAGCAGCAAAUGGCAAGAAGGGUGUGACAUGACAACUUAGCUGGCAACUUGUUGAUCGGUAUGUUCGUAAUGUACUAGCAAAGCCAACUUUUUCAGUGUCCACCAGUUUCUCUUCAGUUUCAGCAGAGGAAAGCACACUUCCAGUCUUUGCUUAUUUAGCAUUCUUCACCUCUCGCCAACAUUCCCGAAAGUUGUGUCUACGAAAUGCCUUGUAGCUCAGCUUCUGAGGUAUCUUCUUUUUAUUACAUUUAUACUAGCCAUAGUAACCUGACUUAUUAGUAUAUGUCCUUCAUUUUGUUGUCAGCAGUUUUCUGUUGUCAUAGCUUGUCCUGCCUCGUUAAGGCUCUCUUUCCGGAAAUGGCCUACAUUAGUCGCGUUACUUUACCAUUGAGGGGGAGUGUCCUAGCAUUCUGACAGUGUUCGUUGCGCAUUAUUUUACCUUGGUUAUGUCUGCGAGUUUAACCGCCAUGCUCUCUCUUUUCCUCUCUGUUCUAAUGUUACCUGCUUUCUUUCGACAAAGACAUUACUGGGCGUGUAUUUCAAGUAGUGUGUACAUAAGACAAUAUAUGUAGUUAAAGUAUCAUAGUUUAUAGUUUUGCUUAAAAGGCAACUUGUUACCUUCUUACCACCCAUAUUAUGUCUGUGAUGCUAGCUGCCACUUAAUCUGGGUUUCUUUCCUUUUUUUGCGGUUGGGAAUAGCAGAAAGGCUGGACUUACAGAAGCAGGUUCAUUGUGUGAUCCAUAAAUUUAUUUGUGCUGCUAGGUGUUGCUUGGUAUUUGACAGGUCCCUGUAUUGCUGGAACAAGGUUAUAGACAGAUGCAGCUUAAAGCAUACUUGUAAAGGUUCAAUUCUUGUGCUGUAAACUAUAAAAUGAUCCUCAAAUGCAAUCAGGUUUUCAAUUUUUGGAAGCUUAUUCAGCAAAUACAUAAGAAUAAAAAGGUUUAGAGCGAGCCUUUUUUUAACAUUGUUAAAUACCUCGUGCGAGUUUCUGCAAACCUACAAUUUAAUGAAACCAACUCAUUGCAUGUAUGGCUACAACUGCCUAUCUGCAAGUGUUUCUGAAGUGUUUCUUGGUUUGAUACUGUUAUAACCGGACACAGAAGCUGGCCGCUACGCUGUGUUACUGCCAGCUCUGAGAGCUAAAGUGGUGGAUGCUGGCACCGUCCGGCAGUAAGGAGACAAGUCAGGGUGAAUGAUCAGUGCAAGCACUGAGCUCAUUACUACUGCUGGACUGUCAAAGUGCCUACAUCUGUGCACUUGUUCAGAAGUGUUCUUUAAAGCAAGCUAAAUGAGGCUAACACUGCUUAGUUCUUCUCUUUGCAGUUUUGGUUUGUUUGAAUAAGGUUCAUACUUCAGGGCUCGUGUGGUCUAGCUUCGGCAGUAUGGUCAUGCUCCAUUUUGCUACAGCGUGUUAGAAGGAAGAGAUCAGUUUACUCUUUAUUUUGAGAGCAGUGUAUGGACCCCAAUCUCCCUUGGACAUUCCUGUACGGAUACAUGGCAUUGAGUGAUAAGUUUGCAUAUUCAACAGAGGUGCGGCAUAUGGAAUGCAAUUUUACUUUCCUGUCAUCUAGAAGGAUUGAAGCAAAUAUUGCAGGUACAAGUCCGAUUCCAACAGUUAUAGAUAGAGAUUCAGCUUAUGCUUUGUCAAGCAGUCGUAGACGUUCCCUCUUUGGUUAAACGUGUUGCUAAUUGAGGACACUGUGUGCUCACAUUACAGCCUCUGAACAAUACAUGUCACAUCUCGUGCAGGUUACUCAGGUUUACGAACAGUAACUAGCUGACCAGCUUCCGUAAGUUAUUUGCUCUUGUGGCAGGUACAAAAGUUUGCAUAUAUGGUCAUCGUAGUUGGAAUGAUAAAGGAGUCAGUACAGUCAUUAUUGCUGUUUCAAGAUGCCUGCAACUUGUUUACCUGCACAGUGCUCUGUCUCACUUAGCCCUUUUUUUUUUCGAACAACAGUGUUGUGUGGAAAUUCAUUUCACGAUUGUUGUCUGGCCUGCAAAAAGGAACAAUGAUUAGUUCAGUGUGUCCAGAGUAUAGUCAGGAAGUAGUCGAACCAGGAGACCAACAUGGCUGCAUGAACCGUUGUAGAGAAAAAACAACAUUAAUGUUGUUCACCUUUCUCUAAUCAAAAGACUUGGUUACGAAAAUUGCAACUUGUUGUGUGUUUCCGCCAGUUUGACGGGGUUGCUGGUGCUUGCGUUGUAGAUAUUUGUUCAUUUCAAAACUCAAGCGUGCACGCACUUAUCAAUAUACAUGAGCAUUUCCCCGCGUGUGAAUUUUUUUUCCAUGUUGUAAACUUUCUCGCUUCCUGCAUGUGUGGUUGGCUAGUACAUCAGUGACCCACAUAUGAGGAACAGCUUCAUUUUGUACAGUGGAGGCCGAGUCUUCAGUUGCAAGACUGGGCGGAAAAAUGCCUCGAGUGGUAAUGGCACUUUCCGGUGUGCAUUGCACGCUUUGCAGAAUGCAGUUCACUGUAGUCGGACAUAGCUGAAGAAGUCCGUAUUGGCCCUUCUAGAAAUACUGGAGCACAGUGGCCAAUCGCUCCGUGAACAAAGAAGUAGUCUUGCUCACGGGCUCGGCAGCAUUCUCCAAAAGCGGUGUCAUCGACUGCAUAAAGCCUGGCAGUAGUCUGGAAUGUGCACCCAAUAAAGAAUGUUUCUGUGCGUGCGCCAUUGAUGAUUAAAUGCCACAGACUUCGAACAAUAGACUUGGCCUUGUGAGAGUGAAGGGACGAGAAAGUGUUUCGUGCUUAUUGCGAGAAGUCAUGACUGUAAUGGUGCAUGUUGUACAGGAAGAAAAAAAAAGGCAGUCACUGUUGUAUCUGUAGCUACAGAAUCUCAAAGGCGUUUCUCAAGGUGUCUCUUUUUUUCCUUUUUUGUCUUAUCUGUCAUGUUUAUGCAGGUUUAUCAAGGCUUGUAAUUAAGGUUAGCAUGUUGGUGCGAUUUAAGUCCUGCCUAGGUGUGGCUUGCAUCGCUUGCCUAAUUUCUCCCUCUCUUUUAUAAUGUGUUCAUGUUAGACGAAUCUUCACUUUAAAUUGUAUUGUUUUAAUCCACAGAAUCGCGCUCUCUGCCACAAAGUAUGGUGUUUGGCUUGUAAACUGUUGUAUAUUGGUUUAACGAACACUGUGCUUUCUUUAUUUCAUCUUUCUGAGUCUGUUGCUACGAGGGUGAAAAACUAAAUUCUUUAUUGCCCUCCUAAUUUCUUUGUGUACAAAACUUUGUGUGUGAAGUAGGUCCCGACUUGGCUGUGGGUGAAUGGGUCAUUGCAAGACGUCAAGUGUGUUUGGUGAACAUCGCAGGCAUACUUUUGUGGACAGCUUGCAGCGUAGCUUAUGUAUUGAAUAUCUACAGUAGUAGUAUCUGCGUGGAAUGCAAUUGUGUGGCGCAUCUUUACUCAGUCUUGGGAUUAUCGAGCCACAAUACAACUCCCAAAGCUCCUAUCACUGAUUUCUUGUGUUACCUAUAUCCAACUUCUUUUUUUUAGACAGCUGGAAUGAUGAGCAUUUGACUAGCACUUGUGUGUCAUAGCAAUUUUUAACAUAUUGCAUAACAUAAGUACUUCAGAUAAACAGAGUAAAAAAAAAGGAGAUUGUCUUUCUCAACCAAUUCUGCUGUACUUUAACCCUUGUUCCGCUAUAUUGCCCAGGAAAGUAAUUUUCCACAAACUUGCAAUACGUUAGGGACACAGAAGCCUUUGCAAGCAAAACUCGGUUCAUUCAUUGCUUUAGUGGAGCAAUGCGUGGAAAUUUGCUGUUGCAUAGCUCGCUUUGUCAAAAUCAUUCCAACUCAUAGCCAAAGGCCUCACUCUGGGACUUAUGAAAUCCGUGUGUAUCGAAAGCUACGUCAUAAUUGCCUGGCGGAAGCACCACUGUUAGUCAGCUCGGCAGCACCUAGCACACGAGAUAUUGGCAUACAACGAAUGACACAGCAGUCAGUGCGAGUGUAUUUUACACAUGUGCUAUGGUGUUGUGCAUGUGUGCUAGUGUUUUAGCAAGUAGGACAUGCCUGUCUGUCAGCAGGGGACGAUCAGUCCUGUUCCAUAUCACUCCUGAAUAAGCUCUUUUUGUGGCACUUUCCCUUUUGUUUUUCUGCGACGCUAGAUUUUAUGCAAUGCUAUGCAACAGAUUUAUGCAAUGCUAGAUGUAUACUGUGUGUCUGAGCCUCCCUCUGCAUUUUUUUUGUAAUGUUUGAGAUGUCGUUUUUUAGUAUGAAUAAAUGAUUGCUUUUUUAAGUGGUCCUUUCU